AUGAGCGACGCCAGCAAAGACGUUGGAUCUGGGUCGAUUGAUCCCAAGGCAGAUCCUCAGUACAUUCAAUUCAAAUGUCUUCCGCCGGGUGGUGCACUCAACAGAUGGUCUCAUACCAUUACCCGAGAACAUGACUUUCCGGGAGCUCAGGCCAUGCUCUACGGUGCAGGGGUGCCAAACGAGCAAAUGAUGAAGAAUGCGCCUCAGGUCGGCGUAGCGACAAUCUGGUGGGAAGGCAACCCGUGCAAUACCCACUUGCUCGACUUUGGCAAGAUUGUAAAAAAGUCCCUUGAAAAGCAGAAUAUGCUCGCGUGGCAAUACAAUGCUGUUGGAGUUUCAGAUGCCAUCACCAUGGGUGGUGAAGGAAUGCGGUAUUCGCUUCAAUCUCGCGACCUCAUUGCCGACAGCAUUGAGACGGUCACUUGUGCACAACACCAUGACGCCAAUAUCUCCAUCCCUGGUUGUGACAAGAACAUGCCGGGCGUCGUCAUGGCUGCUGCCCGGCACAACCGCCCCUUUAUCAUGAUCUACGGUGGAACUAUUCGCAAGGGCCACUCGAAUCUGCUCGAGAAGGAAAUCAACAUCAGCACUUGCUACGAGGCGUCGGGUGCGUAUGCCUAUAACCGGCUCAACGCAAAGACAAACCCGGGCAGUGAGGGCCGCACGCCGAGCGAUGUCAUGUCGGAUAUUGAACACCACGCCUGUCCGGGAGCUGGUGCCUGCGGUGGCAUGUACACGGCCAACACCAUGGCGACAGCCAUUGAGGCCAUGGGCCUGACGCUGCCGGGCUCGUCGUCGUACCCGGCCCUCUCGCCCGAAAAGGCGCGCGAGUGCGAGCGCGCCGCCGAGGUCAUCAAGACGACCAUGGCCAAGGAUAUCCGACCACGCGACCUCAUCACCAAGGCGUCGUUUGAAAACGCCCUCGUGGUGACCAUGAUCCUGGGCGGCUCGACCAAUGGCGUGCUGCACUUUCUCGCCAUUGCCAACACGGCCGAGGUGCCGCUUACGCUCGACGAUGUGCAGCGCGUCAGCGACAAGACGCCUUUCCUGGCCGACCUGGCCCCGAGCGGCAAGUACUACAUGGAGGACCUGUACAAGAUUGGCGGCACGCCGUCGGUCCUCAAGAUGCUUAUCCAUGCCGGCUUGAUCAACGGUGACAUUCCCACCGUCACGGGUCGCACCCUUGCCGAGAACGUGGCCGACUGGCCCAGCCUGCCGCCCGACCAGAAGCUGAUCCGGCCCCUAUCCGACCCGAUCAAGGAAUCGGGCCAUAUCCGCAUCCUGCGCGGCAACUUUGCCCCCGAGGGCGCCGUGGCCAAGAUCACGGGCAAGGAGGGCCUCAGCUUCACCGGCACGGCCCGCGUCUUUGACGCCGAGAGCGAGCUGAACAAUGCCCUGACGCGCGGCGAGAUCCCCCGAGGCGAGAACCUCGUCCUCAUUGUGCGCUACGAGGGACCCCGGGGCGGCCCCGGCAUGCCCGAGCAGCUCAAGGCCUCGGCGGCCAUCAUGGGUGCCGGCCUCAACAAUAUCGCCCUCGUCACCGACGGCCGGUACAGCGGCGCCAGCCACGGCUUCAUCGUCGGACACGUCACGCCCGAAGCGGCGCGCGGCGGCCCCAUUGCGCUCGUCCGGGACGGCGACACCAUCACCAUUGAUGCGGUCAAGAACCGCAUCGAUAUUACCAACGUCACGGAUGAUGAGCUGGCCGAGCGGAGACGGGCCUGGAAGCCGCCCGUGCCCCGCGUGAGAAGAGGUGUGCUGGCCAAGUAUGCUCGUCUUGUAGGUGAUGCGAGCCACGGCGCCGUUACCGAUCAAUGGGAGGAUGACGUCGCUGUGCCGAAGUGA